AAAAAAAAAAAAAGAGGAUGUUCUCAGUUAGAGCUACAAAGGUGUACUUCCUCUCCUUGCAUCAUGUUGCAUUUCUUGCAUUAUGUUGAUGUGUGUGUAUAUGCAAAGUAUCUAAACCUUUGUAGUUUUAUUCAUUAUGUUUAGUAGCUGUUGUAAGCAGAAAGACUUUACUGCUUGGCUUGAGUUCAUGAUAUUUUUUUUGUUUUUUUUUGUAGUGCUUGACUCAUCUUUCUAUAAACAGCCUUUCACACAGGAAGCUAUUUUUGUGCAAGCCUGUAGAACUAAUCUUGCUUUAACUGCUAAACUUGAUGUUUCACUACCUGCUUGUAUAUUCUUUUAAACACCCUUUCAACAGUUUCUUCCUAGUUUUACAAGAUUGACCUUUAGAUUUACGUUUGAACACAUGAGAAUUGAGAGUUUUUUUCCUAGCGCGGCUGUGAUUCGGAGAGUCCUAAUCCCUAGCUCAAGCAUUAAAUAUUAAGCUAUCACAAACAAGACAUGUGCCUUGCAAAUGACGUAAUCCAAUAGUGGAUCCAUAAUUGUAAUAUUUUAAUGGUGUAAUGAAGGUCAUUAUUAACUAUCAUCUACUAUUAUAGUGAUUAUAGCUUAUUUGAUUUGAAAGCAGUUAAAUUAGGCCUGUCUGGUAAUAUGUUCCUUAUUGCUCUUUUUUCCCUCCUUCUCACUUUUUUUUAAAGGCAUCAUAAAGUAAAAAUAAGCUUAAACAAAAACCACAGGUUUAGUAAAAUUGGGGAGUAUUCCAAUACAGAUUGUUGGAGUUUUACUGCACUGUGUGAAAGUUUAGGAAUAAUGAAAUAUAAUAAAUGCAAAUGCAGUAAGUAAAUAUGGUAUACUUGCAUCUUGUGUAAGGGAUAAUUUAUGUAAAUUUAUCAAUGUAUGCACCGGUACAUGACUGCAACUCUGUUGUACUGUAUAUUUGACCGUCUUUGUUUUUCUGAUACCAAGGAGUGUGCGUUUAUAUCUUAUUUUAUAUCAAAUGAGAGAGAGCGUGAGCGGGUGUGAGGGAGAGAAAGAGUGAGUGUGAGAGUGAGACGGAAUGAGAAAGAGAGUGAGUGUGGGAGAAAAAGAGUGUGAGAAAGAGUGGGUGUGUAUGAGAGAGUAAGAGUAGGAAGGAAAGGCAAAUCUGCUCAUACUGUGUUGGACUCCUCAGAGCUCCGGUAUCAACUCUUCAAGUGUGUUUUAAUGCGUUAGUGGGUUGGGUUUUUUGUUGUUGUUAAUAUUAAUGUUAGUGUUCUUUUUAAUAAAGCAUGAUUGGUUAUUUUUUUCAUUUUGCUGUGAGGUACUGUCCUCAUGUCCACACGAGCACUUUGGAUUACAGUCGUCUCUCUCAAAAAAACAAAAAUAUACAGCAUGGAUAUGAAAGAGGAGAGAAUGGAGCCGUUUUUCUGUGAGACAGUGGAGCAAAUCAACAACCAGAGGCUUGAUUCAGCAGUCAACCCUUAAGCAAGGUUAUAAGAGGCUUUCAUCUCCAGUUUCUAGAUUUACACCAUGAGGAAACAGACUCGCCACGUCUUGCUGGCCUGCGUGGUCUUCAGCACUAUCACAGUGUUCUAUCUCAGCCUUAGUGCCAUGGAAUGCCCAAACUCCCAAUCUAGGACCAGUGCUUGGGCUGCAUGGGCAGCUAGCCAGCGUCUGGGCAAGAAUCUCAGUUACGCUCUGCCUAUGCCUAUAGAAUACAGUGAAGACACUCCUUUGAUUUUUAUUGGUGGUGUCCCUCGUAGUGGUACUACUCUAAUGCGGGCCAUGCUGGAUGCGCACCCUGAGGUGCGCUGUGGAGAAGAGACACGCGUCAUCCCCCGUUUGUUAGCCAUGCAGGCUAGCUGGAGCCGCUCAUCUCGUGAAAGGAGUCGCUUGAUCGAGGCUGGUGUCACAGACGAGGUCCUGGACUCCGCUGUCCGGUCCUUCCUCCUGGAGAUCAUUGUGGGUCAUGGUGAACCGGCCCCACGCCUCUGUAACAAGGACCCUUUUGCUCUGAAGUCUCUCGGGUACCUCUCCAAACUCUUUCCACGUGCCAAAUUUGUGCUGAUGCUGCGUGAUGGCCGGGCCACGGUUCAUUCCAUGAUAUCGCGUAAGGUGACCAUCACAGGAUUUGACCUGACGAGUUACCGGGACUGUCUGGUGAAAUGGAACCGAGCAGUGGAGGUCAUGUAUGAACAAUGCCAGGCUGCGGCAGAGGGGACCUGUCUGGCUGUGCACUACGAACAGCUGGUGUUAAAUCCAGAGGAAGUGAUGCGAAAACUGCUUCAGUUCCUGGAGCUGCCCUGGGACCAGGCCGUACUGCACCACGAGCAGCUGAUUGGGAAAGCUGGAGGAGUGUCUCUGUCUAAAUUGGAACGGUCAACUGACCAAGUAUUUAACCCGGUGAACACAAAAGCCCUGUCUAAGUGGGUGGGACACAUUCCUGAUGAUGUAGUGAAGGACAUGGAUAGCAUAGCUCCCAUGCUGAAGCGUCUGGGUUACGACCCUCAGGCUAACCCUCCGGACUACGGCAAGCCUAGGCUCUUACCCCCGCACAGCACGCAUCAGCAUAGAGGACCUAAAGAAAAGACAGAUGUUUAUCAUCCUAGUUAAUCCAUGAUGGAGCAUCUUGAUUCAUGUUUCACAAACUGAUGAAUUCCACCUUCAAGGUUUAAAUGUUGAUGAAAUUUGCAGGACACUUGAACAUAGCAUUAGGUUGGACUUUUUUGACUGCUGAGCAUCACUGUUCAUUUGUUAAAGUGUCUGUCAAAGAAAAUAAAUAUUUAUUUUAAAAAUAACCUGUGAGCUGCUUUCACUGACUUUCACCAACAUUGUCAGUCUCCCCAGCACCACACACACUUCAUGCUAACAUACAUUUGAGUGCAACAGUUUGUAUAUCCUUAGGACAAAAUAAAUAAAUUGAAAUUAUAUUUACACCAAUUAUUUUGUUCAUGGUGACACAAAUGCAGAACUUCUUUAGUUAUAUUCAUAACAUGUCAAUGAUCAAGAAAAUUAAAUUAAAAGAACUUAAUAGAAGAGUGCUUGCUUUUUCAUUUUAUUAAUUUGAUUUAACCGUUUUAUUUUUCUACCAAUACUUAUGCUGUAAUCCUCAAGACUUUAAUCACUAG